AUGGCCGAUGUAAUACGUGGCUCUGAGUCCCGCUUGUCUCAUUUCAAUCAUAUCUUAGAACUUUCCAAUAACAAAGCAAAGAAACCUAAUGGCACAUAUGCGAGAAUUAUGCCGACUUAUUCGACGUACCUCAUGGAGAUUUCCAUUGGAACACCACCAGUCAAGCAGUUCGUGGUCUCGGACACCGCAUCCGAUGUCACAUGGACCCAGUGCCUCCCAUGUGUGAAUUGUCACGAGCAAGAGCAAAUCAUGUUUAAUUCCAAAAAGUCAUCUUCUUAUAAGGCAAGCAGUUCGGGAGAACUAGCCUUGGAGACAUACAAAUUGGGUCGCACUUCGUUCCCGAAUAUGGUUUAUGGGUGUGGGAAUUACAAAAAUAGCAUGAGUAUUGAAAAAGUUUCCUCCGGUGUGUUUGGACUUGGAAGUGGGCCUCUCUCGUUCAUUGGUCAGCUUCGCGAAUCUUUGGGUAGAAAGUUCUCAUACUGCCUAGUAUCUCAUUCAAAACGAAAUGUAAGAAGAAAGUUCACCUUAAGAAAUUUAGGUAGCAAGCUCAACUUCGGCACUAGAGCGAUCGUGUCUGGGCGCGGAGUGGUGUCCACCCCCUUGGUCACCAAGCCUUCUUCACCAUUAUAUUAUCUCACAUUGGAAGCAAUCAGCGUAAACAAUAAGAGAAUUCCGUUCACAAGAUUAAACAGAUCCAUGGAAGAAGGGGGAGUUGAUAUUAUUGAGGAGGGUAACAUCAUAAUAGACUCAGGCACGCCAAUAACUUCUUUACCGACCAAUAUUUACCAAACUCUUAAGGAUGAACUUAAAAGGUCGAUUCAUGCUGAAUAA